CUGAACGACCUUGAAUUCCACAGAGUGAUGGGCCAUAUAUCACUCACCAAGGCGCGCGACAUGGUACGGGGAGGGAAGGUAGCGGGAAUCAAGCUCGUCGACGGGUGCACGCGUGACAAGUGCGACGUCUGCGUGCGGGCCAAAAUCACACGCGCACCCAUCCCUGACGUAGCCGACGGACAGGGGGCGAAAGAUCUCGGGAUCGAAGUGAAAGCCUACGGCGACCGCUUGAAUGCCGACACCUGG